AUGACGACCAAGAAGUGGACAGUAGAGGAGGUCUUCAGAUGGACCCCUGUACGCUUCGCAGAGGAGACUGACUCGUGGGAAUGGAUCGAGAAAAUGCUUCAAGGUGGCAUGUCUGCAAAGGAUCUGCUUGUCACAAAGAGACGGCUGUCCAUCAGAGAGACCGCUGCCUCGCUGAUGCGGGAUAUCUGCACAGCGGGACACCUGCAACUGCUGAGGCUGGCGUUGUCGGUGGACGCGAAGCUGGCGUCGGCGCGCCUGGACGAGUGUGGGUCGACGCCGCUGCACGUGGCGGCAGCCAGCAGGCGCGACGCGGCGGUACGGCUGCUGCUGGAGGCGGGCGCCGACUACGACGUGAGAGACGUCAGCGGGCGCACGGCCCUCCACGCCGCCGCCGCCAGUGGCAACGUCUACGCCUUCAGGCUGCUGUUGGACGCCGGCAGCGACCCGGAGAGCCAGGACUCUGAAGGAAACACGGCGGUGCACCUCGCCUGCGAAGGUGGCCACACGAGUGUCCUGAUGGCGUUGUACGACAGGGGCGUGUCUCGCUGUCUGGUGAAGAUACAGCUGCUCUUGGCAGCCGAAAGCUGCAACGUCGAGGGGGUGCGCCUCGCACUGAAGCAGACUUCCAGCUGGGGAAGCGGGUGGAGCGACUUGCACUGCGUGGCCAUCAAGGGCAGCGGCACGGCAGUGAGGACGCUGCUGGCAGCCGGCGUCGACCCCAACGCCCGCGACGCCAACGGCGACACCCCGCUGCACGCCGUGGCGGCCGCGGACGUGGACGCGGCCGAUUCGAGCGGCUCGACGCCGCUGCACUACGCGGUGCGCGCUGGAAACCUGGGGGUGGCGCGCGUGCUGCUGGCCGCGGGCGCCGACGUGGAGGCGCGCGACGCCGAGGGCGACACGCCGCUGCUGCGCGCCGCCGCCAGGGGCUGCGCCGACGCCGUGGCCGCGCUCGUCGCCGCCGGAGCCAGGACCGACGCCGCAGACGCCGCCGGCAGGACCGCCGCACAGGUGGCCAGGCUGCUCGGCCACAACGGGCUCAUCAGCGCCCUUCUGGACCUCGCACACAACCACUCCGUGCGAAAAGCAAUACCUGUUGUGGCCAUCCCGCGCUCAGAAGUCAUCGUGGAUACGAUAUGCGAAGCUUCUUAG